AUGAGGAACGUUACGGAUAACUUCACCCGGCAGAGGUCGCGCGACACUCGCAGUGGCAUCCGCAUCGACAGCGGCGGCAUGAAGAACUUCACGGAUAACUUCACCCGGCAGUGGUCGCGCGAUACCGGCUUCACGAGCGGCAUGGCCGGCACGCUGAACCUCACGGGCGAGCCGAACGAGUUCAACAUGCCCAUGUACCAGAAGACCACGCGCUACUACCUGUUCGCGCUCGAGAACUGCUACGAGAUGCCGGUUCCCGCCGGGCACUACCUCAUUCGGAUGUUCUUCAACCCGGGGCCCCCCAAUGAACGCGGAGAUCCGUUUUUAAGUCCUUUCGACCCUUCCCCCUCACCAUUGACCCUCUUUCCCUUCACCCUCCAUCCCCUCCUCCCCGUUUUUCCGUCCAAUCUCCCCCAUCCCCUCCGCCAACCCCUUCCGCUUUCCCUCUCCGCCUCCCCCUCUCUCCUCCAGACCCGCGAGUUCGCCGUGUCCACGCUCUCCACACAGAUCGCCAUGAUCACGCCGCGAACGCCUGGCGAAUUUCGCGAAAUGAUGGUAACCUACCCCGGCCCGAACGCGGAGCUGGACGUCUGCUUCGUCGCCAACCCGUCCGCCCUGUCGGCGUUCGUCAACGCCCUCGAGAUCCUACCGAUCGACCCAGAGGCGUAUGUGACGGACCCCAACUACAUUCUCUUCAACUACGUGCGGCUGCGGACGGGGAAGGGCAUGAGCUUCGGGGACGGAGUGAGCCUGCCGGAUAAGGACAAGGGCCACCGCCAGUGGUUCAACAUGUCGACGGCCAAGCUGCUCAACGAGCCGGUGACCGUCAGAUGCGAGCCUGCCUGCGCCUCCCUUUUGCCUCCCCUCUUCGCUUUUCCCCGUCGCCUACCCCUUUCGCUGCUUCCUCUCAGCAGCGAGCCUGCCGAUCUGCCUAUUUCUGUGUCGUGUAAUCAGUCGGUUCAACCGACUGUGCCUGACAUCUCUCUCCCAUCCUCCCAACCCAUCCUCCCCGCUCUCCCUUCCAACCCCCCCCACCCUCCCCCCCAACCCCCCUUCUCUCCUCCUCCCCACUCCUCCAGCUGCGAGCCUACCUGCACCUACCUCUCGGUGCCGCCAGCCACAGCCUUCAAGGGUGCUGACGUGGAGCCGCACUACUUCCCCAGCAUCCUGUACUCGUCAGCCAUCACCAAUGCGGCUGGAGGCAAGAUCACAUUCAAGGUCACCAUUCCCGACAAGGGCUCCCGGGUGCUCGUCGUGCUGCACUUUGCCGAGAUUGAUCCAAGUGAGUUUUGCUCUUUGCUCAUUCCGUCACUGCUGCUGGCUCGUGUCUUCUCUAUCUUUGUCAACAGGAAGCCCACCCCGGGCGGCGACAGCAUUGAUCUGAUCACACGGUUCAAGCUUGACUGUCCCUCUCUCCUCUCCCGGCUCUUUCCCUGCUCCUCCCCGCCUACCCCCUCCUUCCAGCCGUCACUGCUGCUGGCGCGCGUGUCUUCUCUAUCUUUCCGUCACUGCUGCAGGUGCUCGUGUCUUCUCUAUCUUUCCGUCACUGCUGCAGGUGCUCGUGUCUUCUCUAUCUUUGUCAAUGGGAAACCCACCCCAAAUGGAGACAACGUUGACCUGAUCAAGUGGGGCAAGGCUUCCAAGGUGGCGCUCUUCAAGACCGUUGAUUGGCAGCUGGGGCCGGACGAAUCGACGGUGGAGAUUGUGCUGGCGGGUGCUGAGGGCGCAUCCAAGGGCCCCACAGUUGCGGGGUUGGAGGUGUUCCGGCUGGUGUCCAGAGGGCCUCGCACCAACGCGGAUGAGUUCAAGCUGAUGAGGAAGAUCCGCGAAGCUCUGGUGGUGCCGGAGAUGAGCAACUGGCAGGGCGACCCCUGUGCGCCCAUCGCCUGGCCGGGCGUGGGGUGCCGGCUCACAGAGAAGAACGACUUCAGCAUCACGGGCAUUACGCUGUCAGCAGCAGAACUCUCGGGUUCGCUGCUCCCUGACAUUCACCUGCUCAAGAACCUGCAGUACCUGGACCUGUCAGCCAACGAUCUCAAGGGCUCCAUCCCUCGGGGCUUCAGCAGCAUGCCUGCUCUCAAGAUUCUUGACCUGCACGACAAUGAGCUCACAGGAGGUGUGCCUGCCGAUCUCUUCCCGCCUCCCCCCGGCGUCAUGAUUGAUUUCUCCAACAACCCGGAUGUGUGUGGCACGACGACCCGUCCAGCCUGUGAGGCGCUGGGCGGGCCGGGAGUGAGCGACAUCACGAUAGUGCAGCCGACGUCUUCAUCAGUCUCAUCCACCCAGAUCGUGUGGAUCAUCACCGCGUGCAUUCUCGGUGUGCUGCUGAUCAUUGCUGUCGUGGUUGCCAUUCGUCUCAUCUUCUUCCAACCGCACCUACCACUGGAAGAUGACGACAAUGGAAAUGGUGGGUUCUAUAGCAAUGCCCACCGAGGUCACUUCUUGGAAGAUGAUGAGCCACCAUAUGUCGCCACUUUGGACGAGGAAGCACGCUAG